UUCAAUUCAACUUUAUAGAAGUGUGCGACGGUUAGAUGUGAUAGCUGAUAUAAAGUUGUACUUUAGAAUUCAAAGAGUUGCUCUAGAACUAGAUCCCUAGGUUUAACAGGCGUUUAAGACCUAGUGCUGAAGUAAUUUUCUUCGUUGGAUUAUUAUUUAAACGUAUUAAAAUAAAGAAAUCAAUAUGUUCUGGGGACUGAUUAUGGAGGCAAACAAACGGUACACCCAAGUGGUGGACAAACCAUUUCACAUCUCUCACGCUGCCAUGGACACAGCAACUGGUGACAAUGAACCGUGUCAAGUCAUGGUUGUUGUUGACAACAAGAACUUCUUAGUGUGCACAUUACAAAAAAACAAAACUGUUCAGAUGCCACUAGACCUUUACUUCAAAACAGGGGAAAACAUCUCCUUUUUGACAAAUGGAAAAUGCAAUAUUCAUUUAACUGGCUAUGUUGAUCCUGAGUUUGAUGAUGAGGAUGGUGAAGAAGAGGCAGAGGAAGAAGAAGAAGUGGAAGAGGAAGAAAAACCAGUUCCAACAAAGAACAAGAGAAAACUAGAAGCUGCCAAAGGUGAUGGCACUGCCAGUAAGAAGCUUAAACAGGCAAAAAAGGUGGCAGCUGAUGACAGUUCUGAUUCAGAUGAAAGCAAAGAUCAACUGCAGAAGUUUCUGAAUGGCGAAGAACUUGAGACUGAUGAUAAUGAUGAAACCUUCAAUGCUACUACUGAGGAUGACAGUGAUGAUGAGUCUGGUGAAUCUGAUGAUGAAGAAGAAGAAGAGGAGGAAGGUGAGGAAGAGCAGGAAGAAGCAAGUGAUGACGAGAUGGAGACAUCUAAAGCUGACACAACACUGGAUUCAAGUAUUGAUAAAAGUCAAAUUGAUAUGUCCAAGUUGAGCAAGGCUCAGAAGAAAAGGCUGAAGAAGAAACUACAAAAGCAGAAACAAGCAAGCUCAGAAACACAAGUGAAUGGAGUUGAUAAGACCAAGAAAGACAAAAAAGAACCUGAACAGAAGAAGGCUGAUUCUAAGAAAGAGGCAAAAGAAGUUCCAGUGAGUGAUAAGAAGGAAAAGAAAUCACUAAGUGGUGGUGUGUUCAUUGAAGAUUUAAAGGUUGGCUCUGGUGCUGUUGCAAAGCCUGGGAAAACUGUUAUGGUAUACUAUGAAGGUAAAUUAAAACAAAACAACAAGAUGUUUGACAGCCAUCAGAAGGGCCCUGGGUUCAAGUUCCGUCUUGGUGCUAAAGAGGUGAUUUCUGGAUGGGAUGUUGGUGUAGCCGGCAUGAAAGUUGGUGGCAAGAGGAAAAUUGUAUGUCCACCCGCCAUGGCGUACGGUGCUAAAGGAUCGCCACCGGUGAUUCCACCAAAUUCCACAUUAGUUUUUGAAGUUGAAUUGAAGAACGUUAAAUAGAAUACUAUCAGAUACACGGAGUUUGCUUGUAGAACUAAAACAUUGACUACUGACAUAUUCCAUGUUUGAUUUUGCACGUUACAUUUGGUGUUUGAAUGUUGAUUGAUGCCAUCAGUUUAUAUACUGUUAAAAAACCAGUUAUUGAUUCCAGUUGUUUGUCGUUUUCUUUAAUACUUUGUUUAAUAUGACCGUUUCACCCAGCUGAAAUAGAAAUCAACACACCAAUUUUAUUUUCUUUAAAUCUUAAUGUUAUAUAGUUGGAUAUAUGUUAUAAUAUGUUUCAGGGUUAUAACAUUGACUAUCAUAAUGACUGGUUUUAAAAGCAUUAUUGAUAAGAUAAUUUUUAAGUGUAUUAAAUAAGUAAAUUUUUAAUUUGAAA